AAGCAGCAAACGGCAAAGCAAAAACACCACAAAGUGGCCAAGCAUCGAAGAUGCAAGACACUUCUCUCCCUUCUUGAUGCUGGAGCUGCUGUGUUGCAGGCAUUCAAAGUUCAUCGCACAAAUCUUGCAACCCAAUUAUCAAAGCUUCAGUAAUCUAAAAAUCGUUCAUGUCCAACCUAUACUUCAAGAACCACGCACGUCGAUCCUUGUCUUUGGGAGACAUCAACGAUGAUCAAUUUUCAUCUUUCGAAUCUGUCGAUGCAUCUCUUUCGUCAUUGUCGGCUCCUCAUGUCUCGAUCAUCCAUGCCAACUCUCGAUUCCGUGGUCCUUCACUGAUGAGCUGCCACGACAGUCGCAUUCAAGAGUUCAUUCCGAAAGGAGCCAACUUUCUUCCCACGGAUUCUGACGAGUCUGACAAAGCAGAAAAAGAGGAACCGUUCUUUUGCAUUUCCUGGCACUACACAACCACCGCCACACACGUAUCACCACGUGUGGGCCGAGACUGCAGUUUUCAAUCCAAUUGCUCCAUUACCGUUGACGAUUUGGAUGACUUGGAUGAGCUUGGGGUUUCCCUGGCGCCCUUGGACAGAGCACUCAACGUUCGCCGGCAUAGUAGUAGUGUUUCCAGGAAACAACAACGAGAAAGCGAUCCUAUCCUUGCGGGCUUUGUAUACCAACGACUGUGCACGUUCUCUCGCAACCUGUAAACCAUUGGACAACUCUUGUCGGGACAACGAGAGAUUGCAUAAAAUCAUACCGACGUUCCUUUCUAUAGCAGCCAAGCGGCAACAGAGGAAGAACCAUCAUUGACACUGGAUGGUGGUUGGGAAACAAAAGAUUCCCUCUUUUGCGUCUUGGAGCUGAGACAGCCAAUCUGCUGGCUCGUUAAGAAACGCAAGGAUACAUCGAUAGAAUAGAUAGAUGUAUGAAUAGUAUGUAUGUAAAGAAGAGAUAAAAUACCGGUACAGUACAUUUAAUGAUUCAAUCAAGAGCGC